AUGAAGUUUGCACGAUUCUGCAUAGUGGCACUGUUGGUAGCUCUACUAGCACUCAAUGUGUCUGGUGCAACAUUGAGUGGCAGAGUUGUUGAUGAUGAUGAGGAAGAUGAGUCUGCAUUGAUUGAAGAAAUUGAAGGAAAAGGAGGUGCCAAACAGUUGAAAGAUGAUCCGAGCGAAUCGGUGGUUGCAGACGAUGAUAGGAAGAAGCCAAGUAGGCGGAUGAGAAAAGAUGAUGAAGAUUCGGAUGGCCCCAAGUCUAGCAAGAAUAGGAGAACGAGGCCAUGGAGAGAAGGAAAGAGAAGCCGAAGUUAUACGGACAAAGCUGAUUCCGACACUGAUGACCUCGAUAAGAGUGAAGUAGAUGAUAGAUAUGACUAUCGACGUCGACACUAUAGAGACCGUCGCUACAGACCAUGGCCAUUCUACUAUCACCGUGCUUAUGACGAUGAUGAUGGUGAAAGUGAUGAUGACGAAAACGAUAACAGGUGGAGAGAAUGGAGAAGAUUUAGACGACCUCCACCACCUUACAGAAGAUAUAGAUGUGGAUGCAAAGGCGAAAGCAAAGGUGAAAGCAAAGAUGAAAGCAAAGGUGAAAGCGAUGACUAA